AUGUCUUCCGCCCUCGCCAAAGGCGCCGCCGCGCAAGCCCAAGCCCACGCGGCCUUCUCCAAAACUCCCGGCGCGACCACCACCACCACCACAUCCUCCAACAACUCACCAACAACCCCAACAUCCCCAAACACAAACACAAAAACAAAACCAAAAACAACCUCCAUCCUCCGCCCCGUCUCCAUCCGCCCCACCCCCCUAGCCCAAACCGCCCGCCACGCCCUCCCCGCUUUGCUCGCGGUACUAUUCGCUGCGCGCUUUGGCGCGCUAGUGGAUGAGCCCGUUGCCGCGAUGGCGUCGGGGCUGCCGGUGACGGCUGCGCUGCAGGUUGGGUAUGCGGUUGUCUGUUUGCCGGCGCCGGGGUCGGGGUCUUUGGCUUCGAAGUCGGGUGGUGCUGGUGCGGGUGGGAGUGGUGUGGGUGAGAAGCAGCCCCUAGGGGGGAAAGGGAGGAAGGGGGGUGGAGGGGAGGGGGUUGGCGGACGGAAGGGGGUUGUUACCGCCCUCCUCUCUCUCAUCCUCUCCCUCCUCGUCACCCCCUUCCUCUACAUCACCAUGGUUCUCUUCGGCGCGCCCUUCCUGACCCACGGCGCGCACACCUUCCUCUGUGCCGCGCACCUCGCGGUCCUCGCGCUAUUCCCGCUGUUCUACAUCCACGGCGUCGACGGCAGCGCCUGGGCUGUCGUCGGCGGGUUUGCGGCCCCGCUGGAUGAGACAUUUGGUGGAUUGGUGGGCGCCGUGGUGGGCGCGUGGCUUGGGGCGGUGCCGAUCCCGCUGGAUUGGGACCGUGAGUGGCAGAAGUGGCCGGUUACGCCAAGCUCUCCGGUAAGCUCACCUAAAACGCCACCCGACUCCAUUUACUCUGAAGCAUCCCCUCACUUACACACACACUUUUACCUCGCGCCAGUCGGCCACCCCUUCGACACAAUCAAAGUCCGUCUCCAAACCACCGACGCCUCCCGCUUCUCCGGCCCCCUCCAAUGUCUCGCCCAAACCCUCCGCCACGAAGGUCUCGUCGGCCUCUACAAAGGCGCCACACCCCCCCUCGUCGGCUGGAUGUUCAUGGACAGCGUGAUGCUGGGUUCCCUCUCCGUCUACCGUCGUCUCGUCCACCAGCACCUCUUCCACACCCUCCCACCCCCCGGCCAUCCGCUCUACGACCCUGCCCAACCCAUCCCGCUGCCGCUGCCUGCGCAUGGACAUGGGAUCGCCGGGGUGAUGGCGGGCGCGACGGUUAGUUUUGUGGCUGCGCCUGUGGAGCAUGUGAAGGCGCGGUUGCAGAUUCAGUAUGCGGCGAAGAAGAGUGAGAGGUUGUAUAGUGGGCCGGUGGAUUGUUUGCGGAAGGUGUGGAGGUGGCAUGGGAUACGCGGGGUGUAUCAUGGGUUGCAAGCGACGUUGUUGUUUAGGAGUUUUUUCUUUUUUUGGUGGGGGAGUUAUGAUGUGUUUUCGAGGUGGAUGAGGGAGCGCACGACGAUGAGCGCGCCGGUGAUUAAUUUCUGGGCCGGUGGGCUGAGUGCGCAGGUGUUUUGGGUGCUGAGUUAUCCGAGUGAUGUGGUGAAGCAGAGGAUUAUGACUGAUCCGCUUGGUGGAGGGCUCGGGGAUGGGGAGAGGAGGUUCCCGCGGUGGAAGGAUGCUGCGAAGGCUGUGUAUCGGGAGAGCGGUGCGAUGGGGUAUUGGAGGGGGUUCUUGCCGUGUUUUUUGAGGGCGUUCCCGGCGAAUGCCAUGGCGCUGGUGGCGUUUGAGGCGGCUAUGAGGUCUUUGCCGGCGUGA